AUGUCUACGGAAGAUUUAAUAGAAAAAACGAUUGGACGUUUUGGAAAAUAUCAAACGUGGAUAUUAAUUCUAAUAACAAUAGGUCGCUAUCCUACUGAAUUUCAAUUAAACAAUGUAGUGUUUAUAAUACCAGCCGUUGAAUAUCAGUGUUUGGAUGAUGGGGUAUUCAAUGCAACUAAUUAUUGUCCUUGUGAGAACCCCAAAUACGAUCAAAGUACUAUUGUGAGUUCAGUGACAUCGGAAUGGGAUCUCAUUUGUGACAGAACUGCAUACGCCAGUUUUGCACAGUCCGUGAUCCAGAUCGGAAUACUGGCAGGCAGCCUAUUUUUUGGACACAUCUCAGAUAGAUUUGGGCGAAAACCUGCUGUAUUGAUGUCUUUAUUAUUUGAAGCGGUAUUCGUGGCAAUAUCCGCAGUAGUUCCACAAUUUUGGAUGUUCCUAUUUUGUCGAUUCUUAAUCGGGACUGCAGUUGGAGGAACAAUGUUAUGUUGUUACGUACUACUCAUCGAAUUGAGUGGCAAAUCUUUUAGAGCAUAUCUCACUGGACUUCACGAAAUUUCUUUUAUUACUGGCUACAUAAUUCUUGCUGUCAUAGCCUAUUAUGUUAGAGAUUGGAGAAAGUUACAAUUGGUCACGUCGGUACCGUGGCUAGCAGUCAUUGUAUAUUACUGGUUAAUACCAGAAUCUCCACGCUGGUUGUUAACUAUGGGAAGAAAAAAGGAAGCCAUUUCAAUUCUAAUUUAUAUCGCAAAAAAAAAUAAUCGUUCAAUAGAUGACAUUGAAGUAAUUGUGAGCAGAGAAGAAGAAGCAAGCAAACAGAAAGACCAAAAACCUGUCAGCUACCUCGAUUUAUUCAAAACUCCUAAUAUUAGAAUAUAUACAGUAAUCGCUGCACUUGUAUGGAUGUUCUGUUCGCAUACUUUUUUCGGUGUCAAUCAAUACAUAGGACGCUUACAGGGAAAUAUUUAUCUUAAUGUAAUACUUUCAGCAGCAACUCUGGCACCAGGUUUAAUUCUUGUCAUAAUUGGUACUAGAUUUUUAAAACGAAAAACCAGUAUAAUUAUUAGUUUUACUGUAGCAGCCAUGUCACUGCUAAUAUUCAUAUUCGUGCCAAGCAACAUAGAGACACUUAUGUUACUUUUUGCUAUUAUUGGUCUGACAGGCGCCUAUACUUCGUUUGUUCAACUCUAUUUAUUUACUUCUGAAUUAUUUCCUACAGUAAUUAGAAACUCAGCUAUGGGAUUUUCAUCAAUGUUUGCAAGAUUUGGAGGUUUUGUAGCUCCUUUUGUUGUCAAUAUUGGCGUAGAAUGGAUAUCUAUUUUAAUAUUUAGCUCUAUUGCAUUUGUGGCAGCAUUACUUUGUUAUUUUCUUCCCGAAACUAAGGACAUAGUUCUAUUGAAUUCUAUUGAACAAACUGAAGUUAAUAAACAUAAAAUAAUUCAAUAG